CAUGUGACAAGCGCGAUUGGCUGAAGACGGCGGUCGGCGCUUCCUUUAGUCGAACCUCGUUAAAGCGAAUUGAGAGGUGACCUUUGCGCGUUGGAAUCUGGAGAGAUCUGCCAUGGCUCAGAAUCCUCCGCCGCCAUUUGAUCCCUACCGACCUCCGGUUAUUGAAGGCUUUACUCCGACUUCUCGGGGUAGUACCGAACGCUUCCAAAGCAAGUUCGUGCGCAAGUUCCGCGAGAAUCCAUUUGUGCCCAUCGGCUGCCUUUGUACAGCUGGAAUUUUGACUUAUGGACUCAUCUGCUUCAUAAAUAAUAAACCCAAGCAAUCCCAGAUGAUGAUGAGGGCCCGUGUUAUAGCACAGGGCUUAACUGUUGCAUCCCUAUUAGUGGGCAUGGCUGUUACAAACCUGAAGUCAUCCAAGUGAACAAGCUGCUACUGUACAAUAAUAUGAAAAUAUUGUCCACUAACCGGGGUAAGAACAAGCCCGCCUGCCUGCCAACACACCACAUUUUGCAGAAUGAUAUUUCAGUGCUACUUAGAAAGUGACUUUUCUGGUACCAAGGAGGCCCAGUUUUGUUUAAUAACAUUGUUAAUAUAUCCCAUUGACUCAAAUUUGCCACUGAUGUAUAACAUUGUGUACCAAUGGCCAUGUUAUAAGCCUUUCUUUCUGAUAAAGCCAGCAAGAUUACCUGAUGUAAAUGAAGCAGAUUGGAUGGAGGGCCUUUAUUAUCUAUUAGGCAGUUGUGUGGUUAAAAGUGCAUAGAAAAUAACACAUUUAUUAUGGAGAUUGGGUGUGAUGAAACACCUUAUGAUAGUGUUAAAGAAUCAUUAAGUUCCUAUUCUGGAUGUUAUUUUUUCUGAAAUUUUGUCACUGUCAAGGUUGGACAGAAGUCAGGAGGAAUCUAAUUGUGAUGUAUUAAAACCAUUGUUUAAAGACCUACUGAAUUAGUCUGAAACAAUUGUUACUUGACAAGGUACUUGUAAUCUGCCUUACAUACAACUUCUGUAAAACUGCAGAUAACUAGAGUAAGACCCUUUGGUUAAAAUUGGGCAGUGGGUUUGUUGAUGUAGCAGCCUUCAUGCUGCAUAGUGACAUCCCUGCCUGAGUUACUGGAUUCCUUUGGUGGAUUGGGGUGGGGUCACCAAUGCUCAUCAUCUUUGGUGAUUUCAAUCUUUCCCCCAGGUGGCAUUAAAUGAUGGGCAUCUUAGAAUUCAUGGCAAUUGUCAAGCUGAUUUGUCAUCAAGAUCCUGAUGCACAUCAGAGGUCUUUACUUUUUGUUUCAGGAAUGUUACUACCUGAUGUGAGAGUUGUGGACAUUAUCAUCAGUCUAUUAUUGGGGACAUAUGCUCUGAUUGCUUUGCAUUUUGGGAAGUGGAAUCUGUUAGACUAGAACACGGUUGUCAAACUCCCUGCCCGUGGUCUGGAUGCGUCACGUGUAGCCAUGCCCACCCCUGGUUCAGCGAAGAGGGGAAAGUCCCAAGAUGUCAUGUGAUGCCGCCGUGACGACAUGAGUUUGACACCCCUGGACUAGACUAUUCAAGGCAACCUAUAAACCCUGACAAGUUGUAGAAAGAGGUUGGUGUUGUUUUUUUUCUUAAGUAUUUGAUAAAUAAUUUGGCUGAGAAUUUGCUGGCUGGCUGAAAUGGACAUGUGGCAAAGGCCUUAGAACAGAUUACACCACUGCAUCCUUUCACUGAGCAUGAAUCCUGAGGUGUGCUUUGAUUUUCCAGGGCACUUAGGAGAUGAAAUGCCAGAAGAGCCACCUAGAGCACUAUUGGAGAAACAUGAAGAGUGAAUUCAACCAACACAAGUUAGAGCACUCUUCCUCUCCUUUUUAACAUCUGCUUGAGAACAUUGGGUGAGAUCAUGAAUUGGUUUGGGGUCAGAUA